GACCUUCAAUGUUUGAAGGAGAGGCUAUUGGUUUGAAUGCAAUGUAUAGCACAAAAUCUGUUCGGGUUCCUCAGCCGUUUAAGUUUGGACCUUUACCAACUGGUGGUUCCUUUAUCAUCAUGGAAUUUGUGGAGUUUGGAUCAUCCAGAGGAAACCAGUCAGUUCUAGGAAGAAGGCUGGCUGAAAUGCAUAAAGCUGGGAAGUCAGAUAAGGGCUUUGGGUUUGAUGUUGAUAAUACCAUUGGCAGGUAAAUUUCUCUAUCU